AUGGAAUUCAAGCUACGAGAAACCAGCUUGAAGCUCAUUUUCCAGUGCAAAGGAGGGGCUCAGAAGGUAACUCCUGCGGUCAUCCGAGAGUUGGAAGGGGCCUUUAUUGGUGCCCCAGUCGGUUGGCGUGGCGAAGGAGUCAUUGCCUUCCUUGUAAGCACGAAAACAGCAAGCAAAGGGGUACGCGAAGGUCUCGGACGAAGCCGAUGGCCGAUGGGAUUCAUCUCGUGCUCCGAGGACGGCAUUAUUCGGCAGAUGCUCUGGAAUCAACGAGCCGAGGAGGAAGGCCUAAGGGGAGUCAACGUCACUAUGCGCCACCCCAAAGAUGGCGCCGGCGAGUCGCAGGUUGUCUUGACAUAUAAGGGCAAGCGAGUUGGGACAAUCGUUGAUUCUACAGUCAUCGAGGGUGGUGAAGCCAAAUGA